AUGCGCGCCCCUUCCCCGCUCGUCCUCCGCGGCUUGGGCUCGCGUGUCGCCCACCGCACCUGUCGCCCAGGACACUUUCCUAGACAGAUACCUCAGAUAUCUUCGAGAUAUGUUGCGAGCUAUACGCAUCCUCAUCAUGCAUCUGCACUAUCUGUCUUGCCCACAGCUGUGGAUACUUCAUCACCCGAGUACCGCGAAAACAGCCAACAGAUGCAAGAACUCCUGGACCGAAUGAGUAGCCUCCAUGGAAAGAUCUCGAAAGGCGGGUCAGAAAAAGCCCGGGAGAAGCACAUUUCACGAGGAAAGAUGCUACCACGAGACCGAGUCUCAGCAUUGAUCGACCCGGGUACAUCUUUCCUAGAGCUGUCCCCACUUGCAGGCCACGAGGUCUACGAAGGCGAGGAUGUUCCUGCCGGCGGUAUCAUCACCGGCAUCGGUACAGUGGAAGGUGUCAAUUGCAUGAUCGUGGCCAACGACAGCACUGUCAAGGGUGGUACCUACUACCCGAUCACGGUGAAGAAGCAUCUCCGCGCACAAGCAAUCGCUCAAGAGAACCGGCUGCCUUGUAUCUAUCUGGUCGACUCGGGUGGUGCCAACCUUCCCCAUCAGGCGGAUGUCUUCCCAGAUCGUGACCACUUCGGACGUAUUUUCUUCAAUCAGGCUCGCAUGAGCUCCCUCGGUAUUCCACAGCUCUCCGUCGUCAUGGGUCCCUGCACUGCCGGUGGUGCCUAUGUACCAGCCAUGAGCGAUGAGACCAUCAUUGUCGAAAACCAGGGUACUAUUUUCCUGGCCGGUCCGCCGCUCGUCAAGGCUGCCACAGGCGAGGUUGUGUCCGCCGAAGAUUUGGGUGGAGGACAGCUACACUCUUCCAUCUCUGGCGUGACGGACUAUCUAGCUGUAGACGAUGCCCAUGCUCUCGUUCUCGCACGUCGCUCCGUCGCGAACCUGAACUACCCUUCUACAAAUGCUCCACUGCAACUCGAGGAUGCCGUGAAAGAACCACUUUACGACCCCAACGAGCUCAACGGUAUCGUCGGCACUAACCUCCGUCGCCAAAUCCCCGCUCACGAGGUCAUCGCGCGUAUCGUUGAUGGAAGCGAAUUUGCCGAGUUCAAGCGUGACUAUGGCACGACUCUAGUCACCGGCUUUGCGAAGAUCCAUGGCCACCGCGUUGGCAUCGUCGCUAAUAAUGGCAUUCUAUUCUCCGAGUCCUCGCUCAAAGGAGCUCAUUUCAUUGAAUUGUGUGCCCAGCGACGCAUUCCUCUCGUUUUCUUGCAGAAUAUCUCUGGGUUUAUGGUUGGCGCCGAUGCUGAAAAGGGCGGUAUUGCGAAGAACGGUGCGAAGCUUGUGACUGCCGUUGCCUGUGCAGAUGUCCCCAAGUUCACCGUUGUAUUUGGCUCCAGCGCCGGUGCUGGUAAUUAUGGCAUGUGCGGUCGUGCCUACUCUCCUCGGUUGAUGUUCAUGUGGCCCAAUGCUAAGAUCGGUGUCAUGGGCUCCGAGCAGCUUUCUUCCGUUAUGGAGGCUGUGGGUAAAUCAGCUGAUCCCGCCCUCAAGGCUCGAAUUGAUCAUGAGUCCGAGGCCGUCUUCUCCUCGGCGCGGUUAUGGGAUGAUGGGGUGAUCCCUCCUGCUCAAACGAGAAAGAUGCUAGGAUUGGGUUUGGCAGCGGCUGUUGGAGGAAAGGCCGAGCCGGACAUCCAGACCAGGUUUGGUGUUUUCCGAAUGUAG